UCCUCCCGGAGAGACUCUCCUCUCUGCCGGGGGGGCAUCAGGCGGUGAGUGUAUUCGAAGCUCGCCGAGUGAGAGGACAACUUGGAAACUUCGCCGCAUUUUGCCAGCACGUUUUAGGGCGAGCGGAGGCGACAUCGAGGCGGACAGUCCAGCCGGGCUCGACGGAGCGGGAAAACAUCGCGGUUCUCACGGCCAACAUGGACGAUUUAGAUGCUUUGUUGGCGGACCUGGAGUCCUCGACGUCCCACAUUUCAAAGCGUCCACUCUUCCUGUCCGAGGAGCCGGGCUACUCGCUCCCUGUUGGCAGUCAGACCCAGCAAGACAUCUGCUUCUCACCACAAGGCCCACCCAUUCCCUCUGAGAAAACCCUCAACGGCGCACAGGAAACAGACAUGUUCAGCUCAGAAAAGAUAAUUAUUCAGUCAAGAGAAACCAGCAACACAGGUCAACCCCCUGGAGAAGAAGACCACGUUUACAGUUUCCCCAAUAAGCAGAAGAGCAGUGAGUCUUCACCUGCCAUUAACAUGUCCUUGGGCAGCAAUCUCUCAGAACUGGACCGCCUCCUGUUGGAACUCAACGCCGUUCAGCAAAGCACGCCUUCCUUCCCCACAGAAGAGGAGGCGGCUCCGCCUCUCCCCGCCAGCACCGUGGUCCGUAGUUUUCAGGAGAACGGAGUGUCCGUGGCAUCGAAGCCCUCGCCGCCUGACUUGGAGAAGCCCAAACGCAGUGCGGCAGCUCAAGGACUGGAGGACGUGCGACCAAGUAUGGAGAGCCUUCUGGAUGAGCUGGAGAGCUCGGUGCCCUCACCCAUUCCGACUCCCCUGGUGGUCUCAGAAGGACAAGAGGAAAUGCCCGCACAGCAACAAGCAAGAAUGUCCGCUUCCUCUGCUACUCGAGAGCUGGAUGAGCUAAUGGCCUCCUUGUCCGACUUCAAUAUCAAGUCCCAGGGAAAGACGUCCCCCACCGGACCACUGAAACCAGCCAACAAGCUGGACAACAUGCUGGGCAGCCUGCAAUCGGACCUGAACAGACUGGGAGUCCAGACUGUGGCUAAAGGCGUGUGUGGUGCAUGCAAUAAGCCCAUAGUUGGACAGGUGGUGACGGCCAUGGGGAGAACGUGGCACCCUGAGCACUUUGUGUGCACCCACUGCCAGGACGAGAUCGGCUCCAGCAACUUCUUUGAGCGCGAGGGACAGCCCUUCUGUGAGAAGGACUACCACACUCUCUUCUCGCCGCGAUGCCACUACUGCAACGGACCCAUACUGGAUAAAGUGGUGACUGCCUUGGACAAGACUUGGCAUCCGGAGCACUUCUUCUGUGCCCAGUGUGGCUCCUUCUUUGGACCCGAAGGGUUCCAUGAGAAGGACGGCAAGGCCUACUGCAGGAAGGACUACUUUGACAUGUUUGCUCCCAAGUGCGGCGGCUGCUCCCGCGCCAUUUUGGAGAACUACAUCUCCGCCCUCAACUCCCUCUGGCACCCCGAGUGCUUCGUCUGCAGGGAGUGCUUCACGCCCUUCAUCAACGGCAGCUUCUUCGACCACGAGGGCCAGCCCUACUGCGAGGCGCACUACCACGAGCGGCGGGGCUCGCUGUGCUCGGGCUGCCAGAAGGCCAUCACGGGCCGCUGCAUCACCGCCAUGGGCAAGAAGUUUCACCCGGAACACUUUGUGUGCGCUUUCUGUCUCAAGCAGCUCAACAAGGGAACCUUCAAGGAGCAGAACGACAAGCCCUACUGCCACGGCUGCUUCAUCAAACUCUUCAGUUAGUGUACACGCCUCGGACUAGUCACAAGUGCGCGCGUUCGACUGGUCACAAGUUAGCGUACGCACGUUCGACUAGUCACACUUGCCUGUACAACCUCUCAGGCUUUUUGCUACGUCGGCUUGUUUUUAACGGAGAUUUUAUGCGGCGUGUUCAAAUCUGUGUUGACUUAAAGGGGAACUGCACUAUUUUGGCGGGGAUUUUUAAAUGCCUAUCGUUCACAAUCAUUAUGAGAGACACGCUUGUUCCUUCUUCCGGAAACAAACGCCAGCGUGUUUUGAUCAUGGCGAACGAAGGCAACUAUUGUCAGGUUCAAACACUGAUGACAUUUAUUAAACAAGACAAGAAGCAAGGAAUUAAACAGAGACAGAAUUAAAUUUGGCUCAAUUGAGGAGAAACGUCUGGGCUGUACUCUUGUACAGUCUCCCACCACGCUCUGACGAAAGAUUGUACGCCUCCUCUUUUAUUUGGACUUUCCCUGAUUACAUGGUGUCAUGUUCAAACACUGAUGACAUCUAUUAAACAAGACAAGAAGCAAGGAAUUAAACAGAGACAGAAUUAAAUUUGGCUCAAUGAGGAGAAACGCGUAGACCUGUACUCUUGUACAGUGUCCCACCAUGCUCUGACGAAAGAUCUUUUAUUUGGACUUUCCCUGAUUACAUGGUGUCAGGUUCAAACACUGAUGACAUUUAUUAAACAAGACAAGAAGCAAGGAAUUAAACAGAGACAAAAUUAAAUUUGGCUCAGUGAGGAGAAACGCGUAGACCUGUACUCUUGAACAGUCUCCGACCACGCUCCGACGAAAGAUUGUACGCCUCCUCUUUUAUUUGGACUGUCCCUGAUUACAUGGUGUCAGGUUCAAACACUGAUGACAUCUAUUAAACAAGACAAGAAGCAAGGAAUUAAACAGAGACAGAAUUAAAUUUGGCUCAAUUGAGGAGAAACGUCUGGGCUGUACUCUUGUACAGUCUCCCACCACGCUCUGACGAAAGAUUGUACGCCUCCUCUUUUAUUUGGACUGUCCCUGAUUACAUGGUGUCAUGUUCAAACACUGAUGACAUCUAUUAAACAAGACAAGAAGCAAGGAAUUAAACAGAGACAGAAUUAAAUUUGGCUCAAUGAGGAGAAACGCGUAGACCUGUACUCUUGUACAGUGUCCCACCAUGCUCUGACGAAAGAUCUUUUAUUUGGACUUUCCCUGAUUACAUGGUGUCAGGUUCAAACACUGAUGACAUCUAUUAAACAAGACAAGAAGCAAGGAAUUAAACAGAGACAGAAUUAAAUUUGGCUCAAUGAGGAGAAACGCGUAGACCUGUACUCUUGUACAGUGUCCCACCAUGCUCUGACGAAAGAUCUUUUAUUUGGACUUUCCCUGAUUACAUGGUGUCAGGUUCAAACACUGAUGGAAUAUAUUAAAACAAGACAAGAGGCAAAGAAUUAAACAGAGACAGAAUUCAAUUUGGACUCAAUUGAGGAGAAACGCCUGGACACACUGUACUCUUGUACAGUCUCCAGCACGCUCUACCAAAAGAUUGCACUCCUCCUUCUUUAUAUGACUUUCUCCGACCACCUGACCACCGCUUCCACUUCCAGAGGGAAGUGGGUCGUAAACAGCGUUGCCUUUGUUUACAGAAUAGUUCAAAAGAAGAGGUCGUAAAAUAGUUCAAAAAGAGUUCCAUAAAAUAGUUCAAAAAGAGUUCGUAAAAUACUUCAUAUAGAGGUCGCCUGGAAAUUGGGCAGAUCCUUGGUUCUCUCCGCUUUGAAGUCCUUGGGUUAGAACAAUAUCUUUCUGUUGAUUACCAUACAUGAGAGAAAAUCAAUCAAUCAAUCAAUCAAUGUUUAUUUAUAUAGCCCUAAAUCACGAGUGUCUCAAAGGGAUGUACAAGAAAACAGAAACACCUUCAUCUUGCUUCCCCCCCCCCCUACGCAGUGGAGUUUUACAAGCCUUACUCUUGGUAGGUUUCAAAGACAGCUUUUGUCUUCUUGUCAGGAACUCAAUGUAAUACAAAGUUUUUGUGAUAAUUUAGAAACAAUUAUUCUAACACAUGGCGACAGCUGUUUCUAAAGGGAGGGGGGUCGUAAACAGCCGCUGCCUUUGGUCACAAAACAGUUCAAAGAAAAGGUGCCUGUAGCGGGGGUCAGGUCCUGCUUCCUCUCCGCUUUGGAGACAAAAUCUUCCUGUGGAUAACAAUACAUCAAAGAAACCGACACCUUCAUGUCGCUUCCCAUCCUACACAGUGGAGUUUUACAAGCCUUUUUGCUUGGUAGGAUCAAAGACAGCUUUUUGUCUGCUCGCCGGGAACUCAUUGAAACACAAAGUUUUGUGAUAACUUAGAUACAAUUAUUCUGACAAGCAUUUUUGGACAUUUUUGAAGCUGAAUAUACAGAGGAUGAAGCGGCGCGGAGGACGGGUGAGACUUCGGAGCAGACGGACGCCAACGGAGUUGGGGUCGUCGCUACUUUGGCGCUGUAAAUGUGGAACUUGAAGCCAAGCUAAUUCGACAUAAAUGGAGUGCUUACCUAAAUAAACCGGGAAAAUUAUAAUAUACACGCACAACUGUCCAUCGAGUGAGUCACACUUAUCAUGCGUGUUAGCACAACUACAGUACAUACACAAAAUAUGAAAUAAUACUUUACAGAUACAGUAACAUGAUUGGUUUAUCAGUCAGUACAGAUUGGCGUCUUAUCGCAUUGUGUCGUGUAUUACAAACUCAAACGCGUUCACCUAGAAGCUAACUUAUCUCUUGCCGUAGUUAGCUUUUACAGCUAACACCGAAUCACGCCGAUGUGUUAGUACGCCAGAAAAAUAGUUCCUCAGUGUUCUCUCUUACAAUAACAAUGUUGCUACAGUUUGUUAUUAGGGACCGAGUCCCUUUGGAACAGAGGACCCUAUUGAAUUUCUAGCGUUUUAUUAUUAUACCGCCGCCUCUUUGAGCUGUAAUUUGACCCCCUUAACAUGCUUCAAAACUCACCAAAUUGGACACACACAUCAGGACUGGCGAAAAUUGCGAUCUUAUCAAAAAACCAAACCCCAAAACUCACAAUUGCGCUCUAGCGCCCCUAGGAAGAAAACACAGACAAAACUGCCUGUAACUCCCAGUAGGAAUGUCGUAGAGACAUGAAACAAAAACCUCUAUGUAGGUCUCACUUAGACGUAGAUUUCAUACGCUGACAACCCCCAGUUAAAAUCAACCGGAAGUUUGCAAUUCCCCCUUCAAAACAAAAGUUUUGUAAAAACAGUCACUUUUGCCUCUUUGAGCUAUAAUUUGACCCCCUUAACAUGCUUCAAAAUUCACCAAACUGGACACACACCUCAGGACUGGCAAAAAUUGCGAUCUAGUAAAAAACCCAACCCCAAAACUCUAGCGCCCCCUAGGAAGAAAACACAGACAAAACUGCUCCUAGGAAGAAAACACAGACACAACUGCCUGUAACUUCCAGUAGGAAUGUCGUAGAGACAUGAAACAAAAACAUCUAUGUAGGUCUCACGUGGACCUACAUUUCAUAUAUUGACAACCCCCAGCAAAUAUCAACAGGAAGUUUGCAAUUCCCCCUUCAAAACAAAAGUUUUGUAAAAACCGGUCACCUUUUUUCAAAAAUUAUCUCCUCUUAGCGCGUUUGUCGUGUCGGCUUCAAAUUAGCACAGGAGAGAGAUUGAACCCUUCUGAUUAAAAGUUGACGAAAGAGUUUUAAUUACUGCUCCGGUUUGGAUUUUAUGUGCCGUCAAAGUCGGGUCCCGUCCAUCGCUGCUUGCAGCUUUAAUUAUACAUGUUACACAACGUAAACAAAGUAUUGUUGAUGGGGUUUGAAAGCAUUUUUAAAGUGAUUCAGAGGUAGAAUUGAUUGCUAACAUUAGCUGCAAUGCUACCCACCAAGAACAUGUUAAAAUGCAAUUAAAAAAAACUACUUUCAUAAUGAUUGUGAACAAAAGAAAAGUGCACUUCCCCUUUAAGAGCGCUGGCUGACUACACAAGUCCGCAUGGGACUAGAUGUCAUAUUUUGCGUGGCCAAUCAGAGUCUUUGAGGGAAAAACCACCUCGGCGCUCUCUUGAUGAGAUGAUCUUAUGGUGGCUUUUUACCAUUUAGUGUGCUUUUAUUUUUCUACUCUAAUAAUACCAAAAUGAUUGACCUUUUUAAAUAUCAAAUGUCAGCAGUUUUUUAAACUUUGGAGCCACAGGAAAGAACCACGUCGAUCCUUUUCCUCACAUCUUUAUUCCGUGCCAUCACCGGGGAAAUAAAGUACAUAUUACUCUUUUCUAGUCGGAAUAUCUAAAAAAAAAAAAAACUUAAUUCAAGUCACAGUCCUUCAAAUAUUCAUUUUUCAGUGAGAUAUAGAAAGUUGUUUUAGGCGACGGAUUUUACGGGGAUAAAAUACUACUUUUCACACACAAAUUCCCCAUUCAGUCCUAUUUGUGUCUCAUUCCUGUGAGAAUCCUGCGUGCGGCUGAAGCCUUCAGGAGUGGGACUGGCUGCAGUGUGCUCAAACAACCACCAGGUGGCAUCUGGGAUCGGAUAAUACUCUUAUCAUCUCUUUCUAUAAUACUUUAUCAUCUCUUUCGGUCUUAUCAGGUCUUAUCUUCACUCACUUAAAGUGAAGGAUGAGACAAAAAUAAGACUUGUUUAAAAACAUUUUUUAAAAAGAUUUUCGAAUUAAUCGCGAUUUUCUUAAUUAAAAAAAAAAUAGAUUUUUUUUUUUUAUCUGUCCUGUUCAGCCACUUUAUUAAAUGUUCAUGUAGAAUUGUAUUCAACAAAACCAGUUUUCUUUUAAGCAAUAUAGAAAUUGAUCAGCGUUGUUUAUCUAUUUUAUGGAGAAAUGGAGUCAAUCUGGCACCCAAAGUUAUUAAAAAAGUAUUAAUUUUGAAUCGAGAAUCGAUUCUGAAUCUAAUCACUCCCAAGAAUGGAAUCAUGUAGUGGCCAAAGAUCACCAGCCCUGUUACCUAGUGUACUAGUCAGUAUUACCUAGUGUACUAGUAAGUAAAGCUAAUACGAUUUUAUUGCUAAUUUCCGGAUCACUUAUAGGUUUUUAAAGCUUCAAUACAUCUUAUUUCAAGACAAUUUCGGCAACUUGUUUUUUUUUGUAUUUUUUUUUAAGAGUGGCAUUUUUUCAGUGAUUCAUUUCAAAAUAAAAGGAUAAAAGGAACCCCUUUUAUCCUAAAAGUGUUUAUAAAAUGCAGAGAUUUUUUAAGAGUGGCAUUUUUUUCCAGUGAUUCAUUUCAAAAUAAAAGGAUAAAAGUAUCCUAAAAGUGUUUAUAAAAAUGCAGAGAUUUUCCCUCUAUAUUCAUGCACAAUUUCUAGAAUCCGGUGCGUAUUUUGACUUCUUCAGUGUGUUUGAAUACAAAAAAAGGGAGGGGGGGGUGCAUGCUACCGUCGUUUACUGUAGUUUUGUGAACAAUGUCUUUUUUUUUUUUUUAAUGACAAAAACACAAAAUAUGCAAUAUUUUCCCCCAAAACAUGUUGAAAGUGGAAUAUUUCAUGUUAAGUAAUUGAAUAGGUCAAUAAAUCAUAACAUUGAUUUUGACUUCAUUGUUGCUUUUUUUUUACCAAAAGAAAUCUGCCAAAAAUUCUCAGGGACCCAAAAAGGUCCCCUCUAAUAAACUGAUUAAAAAUAAUAUUUAAAUUAUUUUUACUUUCCAUGCUGGAAAUCUCAGGAUCACCUAUUGUCAAGUUAUUGUCCAUAAAAACUUUUAAUUUAGUUUUUGUUUUAUGCCUUUUUGUAAAAAAAAGUUAAAAAGAAAAAUGUUUUUAUUGCAUAAAUACACAAAAUACAUAAUAUCUCCCCCCCCCCUCAAAAUUUCAAAGUGGAUGAUUUAAUUUGAAGUAAUUGGAGCCCUAAAUAGGUCAAUUAUUUAUAAUGACAUAAACAAAUCUGCCUAAAAUUCUCAGAAGUCCAAAGAGGUCCCACGAAUAAACGUGUUCAAAUAUAUUUAAAUUAGUUUUACUUUCAACGCUUAAAUCUCAGGAUCAACUUCCUUUUACUCUUUCUGUAAAAAUGAUUUUUAUUGCAAAAACACAAAUGAUACAAUAUCUUCCCGCCAAAACAAAAUUGAAGCUGGAAUAUAUUCCUCAGUGUGUUUGAAUACAAAAAGGGGUGUGCAUGCUACCGUCGUUUACUGUUUUAUUCACAAUGUCUGCCACGAUCCACAAUCCAUGUAAUGUGAGAGAGCUGGCUCUACAGGCCUGCAGGCUAGACCAUAGUCCAGUACUUUAAAGUCCUUCUUUUUCUUUUCUUUUGUUUUUUAACCACAAAACUCACCGACGACGUCCCGAGUGCCGCGCGGUGGCAGGGUGGGCUUCGUGCGUUCGAUGGCACAUUGUGGGACUUUUUCGCCUCAUUUGGUGUUAAUGUGAGGUCACGUGCCAAAAAGUGUGUCUGCAAUAAGGUGAGACUCAAACACUGUGUCGGGUUCAGGUCUUCUGGGGACAGAAUUGAGGAAGACUUAGUCUGCUGUGCCGCGUCUUCUUCCCCAAAGAGGAAGAUGACCGACUCUACAUCCUGCUGAUUUUAACUUAGAGUGCAAAUAUUACCAGGAAUUUUAUUUUAUUUGUAUCGUGGAUUCUUAGUUACCUCUUUGAUUGGGGAUGUCUGCUUUAAAUGAGAUUAAGUGGAAUACAAACAGUCCAUUUAUUUUGUGCUUGGGUGCUACAGUUUGUCAGCUGAUGUCAGCGCCGUGCAAAUAAAAUAAACUCUUUA